CUCUGAGACAACAUGACGGACGGCUGCCGAUCUGUAGUUUUCUUCUUCUUUAUUUUUCAUCCUUAUUUAAACUCUUCCUGCUGCUGCACGUGACUAAGUUCGUAGCUAAACAACAGACGGAACAGACGUGACGUCACACCAGCAGCUGUUUAUAUUUAUAUUUACUCAUAUUCAGUCUGUUUACAGCGGAGCUAACGGAGCUAACGGAGCUAACAGGUUACCAAGGCAACGCUAGCCGUCAGGUAGCUGUUAGCCGUUAGCUCUGUUCAGAGCUCUCUGUUAUAAAAGUUAGUUUUCUUUACUCCAGUUUGUUUCUUUGCGGAUUGUUUACUCGCCGAAUCAAAGUCCAGUCUGACAGGCGUUUAAACAUCUGAAGUAUUAACCAGUAAUUUUAUAUUUUAUGGAGCACAAAAGAGAAACAUGAGUGAAGUUUUAGAUUUAUUAACGGAGUUCGUUUCAUCUUCUGAACCUUGAUGUUUCUGCACAACAGGAUAUAAACAGUCAAGACUGUUUAACAUGGAGCAGUACAGCAUCCUGGGUCGGAUCGGAGAGGGAGCUCACGGCAUCGUGUUCAAGGCCAAACACAUCGAGACAGGAGAGACGGUCGCUCUGAAGAAAGUGGCUCUGAGGCGUCUGGAGGACGGGAUCCCCAAUCAGGCUCUGAGGGAGAUCAGGGCGCUGCAGGAGACCGAGGACAACCAGCACGUGGUGCAGCUGAAGGAUGUGUUUCCUCACGGGACCGGCUUCGUGUUGGUGUUUGACUUCAUGCUGUCCGACCUCUCUGAGGUCAUCAGGAACUCUCAGCGACCUUUGACCCCGGCUCAGGUCAAAGGUUACAUGAUGAUGCUGCUGAAGGGCGUGGCCUUCCUGCAUCACAACGACAUCAUGCACCGCGACCUGAAGCCAGCCAACCUCCUCAUCAGCUCCUCUGGUCACCUGAAGAUCGCAGACUUUGGUUUGGCUCGAUUGUUCAGUGAGCAGAGAGACAGACUGUACAGCCACCAGGUGGCCACCAGGUGGUACCGAGCUCCUGAGCUGCUUUACGGAGCGAGAAAGUACGAUGAGGGAGUCGACCUGUGGGCGGUGGGCUGUAUCUUCGGGGAGCUGUUGAACUCGUCUCCUCUGUUUCCAGGAGAAAACGACAUUGAGCAGCUCUGCUGCGUCCUCAGAGUGCUGGGGACCCCGAACCAGGACACCUGGCCCGAAAUCGUCGAGCUGCCGGAUUACAAUAAAAUCACCUUUAAAGAGAAUCCAGCGAUCCCAUUGGAGGAGAUCGUCCCCGACUCGUCCCCACAGGCCGUCCACCUGCUCAACCAGUUCCUGGUCUACCCGUCCAGACAGCGCUGCUCCGCCCGCCAGGCUCUGCUCCACCCGUUCUUCUUCUGCGCUCCUCUUCCUGCUCACCACUCGGAGCUGCCGAUCCCUCAGAGGGGGGGCCGCCCCCCCCGCCAGCGGCUGCAGGCUCCGCCCCCUGACUUCUCUGUGGACGCGCCCCUGAAGAACAGCGUGGUGGACCCCGCGCUGCUGCAGGGCCACGCCCCCUCUGACCGACUACGGACAUAUUGUUGACAUAUGUUUAAUAUUAAUGAAUGUGUUUUAAUAACGUUAUUAACUUUGUUACAUUCAUGUUUUAUCUGAUAAUAUAAUGAGAUGAUACUUUCUGUGUGUCUGAUCACGUUAUAAUGAAUAAAUUAAAAAUAGUUUUUAUGCACGUUACAGUCCAAUAAAGUGAGUUUACUAAAUAAAUCAGGUUCAUUUUGGUUCUUCUGACGUAUUUCAGUUAAUCUGAACAUAAACUUCAUAAUAAUAUUAUUACUUUACUGGAUCAUUUGGAAUGAUUUAUUCACAUGUU